CACUUUUUGACAAACAAAACAACAUAUUUGACGCCAACGGUUACAAAAAUAAAGCGUCUUGUCGAAUGUGUAGUAACGGUUAUAAACGGUCGGUUUGGGUGGCUAAUACAAAGCACAGAUGUGAAAAUUAAGCAUAUUUCAGCGUGGCCCUGGUUGACAGAAAUAGUAAAAGUGGUGCGUUUUGUAACAAAAUGUGCUCCGGUACACCCACCAGCAGCUCCGUCUCCCAUCAGCUGUUGUUGGAGGAUGUUGCCCCGGAGGCAGAUAUGAUGUAAUCAAACGCUUCAGUCCCAACCGGAGAAAAAGGAAAGGCAGAGCCAGAGCUGGAUAACAACCUCGCGAUACGGAUGGAUCCCGUUUGCUUUGGUGCUUUUCUGAAAUACAUUUGAAAACCUUCAUCGAGCCGGUUUUUGGGUCUAACGGUUCCGCGUUGUUGGAGGAGUCAUGUCGCGGAGGUUCGUGCCGACUAGCCUCCCCUCCCGACGAAGAGGAUGCUGGAUGCGGGCCAGAUGUAGGAGCAGCACCGGCCGGGGAUGCUGCUGGUGACUCCCCACCAUCAGCUGUAAUUAACCACCAUGGCUCAGGAGUCCUCUCCCACAGCUGCUCCAACAUCCUCCGUGUGAAGAUGGCCCGCACUCCGUCUCCAUCGUUGACAUCAGUCCGCCCUAGCUGUCGCCUUUUCGCCUGUGAUGAGAGGAGGGCGCCUGCUUCAGAUUCCAUCACUUGCAGGCCCUUUAUGUCCGCUCUGGCUCAUGUUAUCACCUCUAAAACGCCUGAUAUGAAAUUUUGAGCUGUGGUGGUUGCUUUCAUUUCGCACAGCAUCGAUUUCACCUUUCAACAGAUAUUUCUGGAGCCGGGAGAUGGGCCGCGUCCACUGCUGCACCUCGCUUUGCACUGCUGGGAUCUGAGUUUCAUGCUUUCCUGACCUUACUUGCUUUAAUGGCUCUGUGACAUCUCGCUUCAGUUGUUCUGUUUCUUUUGGGACAUUUUCCUGGCUCGCCUUUCCGGCCGCCCUGCAGAGCCGUGUCCAUGCAGUAGUUGCCCUGCGGGGGAAUGAGCAGCCUCCAUCCCUCCUGCAGAAACCUUCCCGCUGUCCGCCGUGUGGCCCUGUGACUUCAGAGGGGUGUGGAGGUCCUGACAACCAUAAAACGUGGAGGGUGGAGACGUUUGCCUUUCCAGCUCAGGUUUAAACCAUGGCCAAUGAACCUGUCAUCCUUAACGUGUAUGAUAUGUACUGGAUAAACGAAUACACUUCCACUCUGGGUAUUGGAGUCUUCCACUCAGGCAUUGAGAUUUAUGGCAGAGAAUUUGCAUACGGGGGUCAUCCAUACCCUUUCAGUGGCAUCUUUGAAAUCAACCCUGGCAACGCUGCUGAACUGGGAGAGACAUUCAAAUUCAAGGAGGCCAUUGUUUUGGGCACCACAGACUUUACAGAGGAGGACAUAGAUAAAAUCAUGGAGGAGCUCGGUAAAGAGUUCAAAGGCAACGCCUACCACCUAAUGCACAAAAACUGCAACCACUUCUCCUCCUCGCUGUCUGAGUUGCUGUGUGGACGGGAAAUCCCUCGGUGGGUCAACAGACUGGCGUACUUCAGCUCCUGCAUCCCCUUCCUGCAGAGCUGUCUACCUAAGGAGUGGUUGACCCCGGCCGCCCUGCAGAGCCACAUCAGCCUCGGCCUCCACAAAGAGGAGCAGAACGAGUCGAGCGACGAGGACCAUUCGUCCACGUCCGGAGCGGCUGCCACCGGCUCCUCCCACAGCUGUCGCCACACGAGGGUGUGAACUGGCCCACACACACUGACCUCUGGACCUUCCUGCCACCUCUGCUAGUGGCUCAAGUGGCAUUAGUAGGCUUGAACAACCACCUGACCUCAUACUGUUUGUCUUUGAGUAAAGAGGCAGGAAAAGAAGAGUUCCCUCUUCAUGAAAAGAGCUGCUGCCAGAGACUUCAGACCUACAGAGACCCUGCCUGUCCUUUCUACAGACGACAGGAUGACAAAGGCAAACUUUGACCUGAGCACUGAAGCGAGGCUCAGACUCGACAGCAACCACUUGUAGAUCUCAAGUUUGUAGUACGUUAUUAUUAGUCUUUUCCAUGAACUUUUAAACCUUUGUCAGCCUUGUUCCCUGCCCUGCCUUCAGAGCUGCUUUUGUAGAAUAACUAGAUAGACACCUGAGACUACUUAUAGUGACAUUACCAGGAAACUGCUAAACCACUCAAUUUCAACAAGUUCUCAUUCAAUAACCUCUAUGUGGCCUUUAUAGGGUUAGAGAGGAUUUGAUUGUUCAGUUCAGUCUGAACUCGUAAAAAUGUUGCAUGUUUAAAGAAUUUGACAAAAAAAUCCAACUAAACUGAGACGCCACACUUCUGAUCAUAUCAUCAAGUAUUUCUUCUCCUUUUCCUUUUGUAAAAGAAAUGAUCUAACCUGGGACGUGUUUUAAACAGUAAACUGGCAGUUACCUGCCAGUCUAUCCAGUUCACAAACGGUUGUAAACAAUCAUUUUUAAAUAGUCACUGUUCAUACAACCUCGGGCAGCCCAGUCACUAUCUGUGAACAUCUCAGAGACACAAACACAAAGAAAGUUAAGCUGCUACACUGACAAUUAUUGACUUUGUGACCCAGUACAAUUUUUGUCUACACUUUUAUAUCCAAAUGGUCUUUAUAUUAUAAUGGUGCGAUAACUUCCAGGCUAGAAAUUUACAUUUACACCCAGACAAUCUUCCUGGGUGAUACUGGUCUUAACACCCUUUUCACCAUUAAACCAAUAAAGACUGACCUGCCAUGAGAAAGAAAAGCAGAAAAUCUGUAUUCUCCUUUGGGUUACAGCAGUCCUUAAAGCAGUAGUUUCUACAUUUUGGGAAAUACACUUAUUCGCUUUCUUGCCAAGAGUUAGAUGAGAAGAUCAAUACCAUUUUCAUCUCUGUAUGGUUAAUAUGGAGGUACAGCCAGCAGCCAGUUAGCUUAGCUUAGCAUAAAGACUGGAAACAGGGGGAAACGGCUAGCAUGGCUCUGUCCAAAGGUAAAAAAAUCCACCUACCAGCCCCUUGAAAGCUCACCAUUUAACACGUUAUAUAUUUUUUGUUUAAUCCGUACAAAAACCAAAGUGUAAAAACAUUUUUGACAUUUUACAGGUGUUAUGGGCUGGACUAUUUCUUGGCUGGAAGCAUUUACCAUCAACCAGCAGACACUCCAGGAGGUUACUGGUACCUUUGGAAAGAGCCAGGCUAGUUGUUUCCCCCUGUUUCCAGUCUUUAUGCUAAGCUAAGUUAACCGGCUGCUGGCUGUAGCUUCAUAUUUACCAUACAGACAUGAAAAUAGUAUUGAUCUUCUCAUCAAACUCUCAGCAAGAAAGCAAGUAAGUGUAUUUCCCAGAAUGUCAAACUAUCCCUUUUAUGACCAUAUUUUUUUGUUUGAUUUAUUUCAACUGUGACCUGUUUACAGAGACAAAGCAUUUUAAUGAUAGUAAACAAACCUUUUUAAGAAGUAACUCAUACUUCUGAGGCUGUGUUUGUUGCAGUGAGGAGAUCAGAUUCUCAGAAAGGGAAAAUAUGAUGUCAUAAAGUUAUUUGUAAUCAUUGUGGUUUUAGCAUACAUGCAGGUAAACCACCCCAUUAAUGACUAUUUCCCCCUCUGAUAUUGAUGAUGGUGGCGAUUAUAAGGAUGAUAAUGGUGAUGACAAACAUCGGCUCCUUGUAGUUUUACUCAUUUUAAUUCAUAUUGGUUGCUUUUUUUUUAAAUGCAAAAGCUCAGUGAACCAGGCCACAUGUAAUUUUAAUCUUUUCCCAUCCCUCCUGCGGUAGUGAGUUAAUGGACAGCUACCCUUUCUCAGGAAGGAAAUCACAUGACUUGUAAAAGUGAUAGUCAUCUCAUUCCUGCUGAACACCUUGAUAAAUGGGGUUGAAAGUGCAAAUUAAUCAUUUGACUUCUUCUUCAUGUUCUUAAAUAAGCUAUAUUCUUAUUUAUUUUUGAUGUAGUCUUACAUCUCACCAAGUGUAUUGUGUUCAGAUUCUUGGUAUAUUUUGAGUUGACGGGAAAUGUACAGUGAUCAGUAUUCCAUGCUCAAAAGUCUUUGGCACUUUCUACAGAGCAGACCAGACAGGUAUUUUUUUCUAUCAUACUGUGUCAACCUUAACCUUGUAUUUCCUUUUCCUAACCCAAGAUAAUUUCAAGAAUGAUGAUAUAGUACUAGAAUAAAGAGACAGAAUAACAAAGAAA